AUGGUGGGCGUGCUGAAGAAGACCACUGGCCUCGUGGGAUUGGCUGUAUGUGUAAGUCCACAUGAGGAACCAGAUGUUAAAAAAUUAGAAGACCAACUUCAGGGUGGCCAAAUAGAAGAGGUGAUUCUUCAGGCUGAAAAUGAACUAAGUCUGACAAGGAAAAUGAUACCGUGGAAACCAUGGGAGCCUUUAGUGGAAGAGCCUCCUGCCAACCAAUGGAAAUGGCCAAUAUAAUCAUCAUUAAGUGACUUGUGU